AUGACCUCCAACGACCGUCAUGCUUCUCACGAUUCUCCUUACAGGACCGGCCAGCAUGUUCCUCUCAGCCAGAGCCGUGAUGCCCCUCUCACCUCAGUAGCAACCAGCGCUAUUGAGUCGCGGCCGGACCUCACCAACUCUUUCGAUGAGCCGCCGUCCCUUAGUCGGUCCUCGACCUCGCAAAACACAAUUACUUCCCCCACACGACCGUAUUCCCCCGGGAUGAGGUCAUUAUCUUCCCAAAAACUCGACCAGAGCUCGGUAGAUGGCGGCGAGAUACAGAUGCAGAGCUUUCAUGAUGGUGCUCCUCCUCCGCCUCCUGUCUCACAUUCCUGGAAGAAGAUCGAUCGGUGGGUCGAGAAGAAUUACGAGGAACUCUUUGACCAGCUUUGCGAAGGAUGUACGCAGAAUGACGUCAAUGAACUCGAACACGAGCUGGAUUGCAGCCUACCGCUCGAGGUGCGCGAGUCGUUGCAGGUUCACGACGGUCAGGAGCGUGGCGGUCUACCAACUGGUAUCAUUUUUGGAUGCAUGCUCCUCGACUGUGAAGAAAUUGUCCAGGAGUGGAAGAACUGGAGAACCGUCAAUGAAGAAUUCCUCUCUGGCUCAACUGUCUCUCACCCUCAACCCCCAUUGAGAGCUUACGGCGGCGCAGCUGCAUCAUCCUCGUCUGCACCACCACCGCCCCCCGCAUCCCAGCAAAAUGCAUCAAACCCCUUGUGGAGACAGGAACUGCUUGACAGACAGGACUCCCAGCCUCCUCGAGCCAUACAAAAGGCCUAUGCUCACCCAGCUUGGAUCCCUCUUGCCAGAGACUGGGGCGGUAACAACAUUGCCAUUGACCUUGCACCGGGACCAGCUGGAAAAUGGGGACAAGUCAUUAUCUUCGGCCGCGACUACGACUGCAAGUACGUCAUUGCCAGAUCCUGGGCAUCAUUCCUCGCAACUGUAGCAGACGACCUUCAUUCACCGCACGUCUACGUUGACGAGGAAGGCGGUGAAUUGAAAUUGAAGCCCUUCAGACAGCACGAACCUCCAUACCUUGAGAUCCUCCGCUGGAGAACCGACCAGAAGUACGGCAGACGGCAGCCCAAACGUCGAUCCAACGGACUCGGAGUGAAUACCAACAUCAACGGCAAAACCACCAGGGAUUCUCCGUACGGCAGCCCAACUCCCAGUGAAGACAGAGGCAGAUCACCCCACCGAUUCCCAUCCCGAGGACCUACCGGAAGCCCUGCGGGAGCAAUGGGUGUUUCGAGCCCACUUGCUCGCGUGACUGAAGAAACGUCUUCCCCCGUGAACAACAACAAUAUUACCAAGAACGAGCUAGACUUGAAGAUUCAAAGCAAACUACGAAAAUCAGACGACUUGGUGGAUCUCUCCUCUCCCGUCUUGCAGAAGCCAACUGAGCCCUUCCCGGCUCCCGAGACAAAAACAGAAACAUCCUCUGAACAAGCAACAAAUGGUGAAGCCAAAGAGAACAGCCCACCCACCAACGAUAAAGCAACUCCCUCUAAAGGCCUAGACGCAGAUGCAUUAGACGACAUGAAGACUGUUGAAAUUUAA